CUCAUUUUUAAGACCAAGAAGACGAAAACAAUCACACACACACAAACAAAAUGGGGAAGCCGACGACGUCUCAAAACAAUGGCUUUAUAAACCACUUCAGCCACCCACACCGCCUUCAGGUAACCCCGGCGACGUCAUCAGCACCGUGCUCAGCUUGCAAACUCGCCUGGGGUAACGGCAGGGUUUACUCUUGUAGGCCAUGCAACUUCUCUCUACAUGAGUCGUGCAGCAAGAUGAAUCAGGUCAUAAUACAUCCCUCUCACCCUUCUCAUACGCUUAGCCUUCUUGUGGCUCCUGUCUACGAUGGUGGAUACUUCAACUGUGAUGGUUGUGGUGUCCAUGGGACGGGUUUUAGCUACCAAUGCUCUCUCUGUGAUUUCGACAUCCAUGCUCUUUGUGCCUACAAGCCGCUCUCAAUCAUCCACAAGUCUCAUCCACAACAUAACCUUAAACUCACGUUUCACCCUCCUUAUGGAGCCAAUAAAGGAUUCUCAUGUGAUAUCUGCCUUAAGAUCGGGAAGAACCAGUGGCUCUAUCGAUGCAUACCCUGCGAGUUCGACGCUCAUGUCGGUUGCAUCGCUGCUCCUAAUCCUCACCUCCUUCAACAUAGCGCUUCUUCACCUAUUCCUCAUACUCAUCAAGCCGGACAUCGUCCUCAGCAUCAAAACUCGCUUCCUAUGCCUAAUCAAGGCAGUAACAGACCCAGACCCAUGCCCAUGACAAGGCCUAUAGCUCAAAACGUCGCUGCCAAUGGACCAAGAAGAGAUAACAAAAACUUGGUUUAUAAUGCUCAGGUUGGAGCUAUUGGACCAAAUGAACUUAUUGGUCAGGUAAGACAGAGUUUUGCGCAAGGGUCAACGGAUGGGAGUGGCUACGAUGAUAGUGCGGGGAACGAAGAGUUUAACGUUGAGGUUGAUGUUAAUGUCGAUGUUGAAUAUGAAGGUGGUCUGUAUGUUGAAGAGGCUAAUGACAAGGGAGAAGACGUUGAUGAGGCUAAUGAUGAGGAAGAAGACGUUGAUGGUAAUGGGCUUGAGGUUGUGGCUUAUGGCGAUGGUUUAAGUGUUGCUCGUAGUGAGAGUGAUUUUGGAGGUAGUAGCGAUGCUCGUAGCCAAUGUAAUGAUUUAUCCGAUGCUGAUCUUUAUCCCCUAUCUCCGGAUAACUCACAAGGACCAAGAUCAGUUCGUAUGAACCGAGGCCAGGGUGGUGGGAGGAAGAAAAACACAAACCUGAAUGGCCCUGACAGUCGGUCUAAGAAUAUGGCUCUUAAUGGACCUCGUGAUGGUCUUCAAGCUCCCAAAAGUCCUAUGCAAAACCUUAGAGGACCUCAAACAAGAAGGGUGCAAAAUGUUCGUAACAAUACAACAAUAAGAGGUCGUGGUGGGGCUGUGAGCGUACGAGUUAAUAGACCUCGUGAAGCACCUCAGGGAUUUAAUGGGCCUAGUGUUGGACCCUCCAAUGCAAUUGAUAAUGGUGGCAACAAUGAUAACUACAACGAAGGUGAUGGCAUUGAUGAUGUUUAUGCUGGUGAAGAUAAUGUUGGUUACGAUGAGAGUUAUAGUGAAAAUUAUGGUGAUGGUCCUGGUGAUUGUGACUUUGAAGUUGGAGGUGACUUUGUCGAUGACGGUUGUGAUCAAGAUUAUGAUGAGACUUAUGGUGAAAACGAUUUCGAAAGCUAUAGCGGCAUUACCGGAGGAAGUGGGUCUAUGUAUGAUGAGGGUGAAUCUUAUGGGACUAUGGAUGAUUCCCAGUAUAGUGAUUUGAAUGAAGAGCCCAAUAACCAGUAUUUACCCAUGGUUGGUGGACCAGGAUUGAAUAACCAGAACCAAUACGGUCAAAAUGGUAGACCAAAUAAUAUUGGCACGUAUGGACGAGGUGGUCUGAACAGAUACGGAAACGUGACCCAAGGUGCAAAUAGGAUUCAGCCUAGAACGAGGGGUCGACCGGUCCAAUAUAGGGCCAAUGGAAGACCUUAUAGGGCAAAUGGAGGUCCCAAUGGACCUAAUGGAGUUGGCAAUCCAAUGUUGGUGAAUACAAUGGUGCAAGGUUUGUGUCAAGGCUUUGCUAUGAACAUGCUCAUUGGUGGUGGUGAUGUUAACGGUGGAGCGAGUGACGGUGGUGGAUCAUCUAUCUUAGGAGGCUUGUUUGGUGGUGAAACGGAAUCACAAUACUAAAAAAGGUGAAACGGGAUCACAAUACUAUUAAACAAAAGUUUUCAUUUCUUCAUGUAUUUUGUGUAUUUGUAUUUUUUUGAGUAUAAUUUUUCAUCUUUGAAUUUCUUAAAUAAAAUUUUUUUGAAUUGCAAAAUUUGAAAAUGUAAGAAAGUAUUAAAAGUCAAAUAAAUUUGGGA